AUGGCAGGUACAACGAAGAUGAAAGCGAUACUCCUUUUGAGCCUUCUCUGGGCGUUAACGGACGCAGCCGAGGGAGCGAACAGGCGACAUGGGGCCGCAUCAGACGAGCGAGAAGUGCGGCGCAGAUACGUACGGGCGGCAGGGGGGACGGCAGACGGGGCGGCGCCGUUGGUGGUAGAUGUACGACAGGCGGGCCCGGCGGCCCAGGCGCUGGGUGCGGCGCUACACGAGUGUUGCUCAGUUCCAGCGCUACGAGGACGCACAGUAAAACGCCAGCUGGCGGGGCCGGUGAACGGCAGCCGUCCGGAGCCGCUGGUAUCGGGCACGCCGAGCAGCCAUGUGAUACAGGGAUUGGAGACGCUGUCCACAGAACAGACUCUGGCGCCGGAGCCACCAGCCACAUUUUCAGCGUCGUCAGAUCCCAUAGGGCUUACCUCCACGGGGCUGCCGCCAUCCACUUCUGUUGCCGACGGCGUCGGACAGAUAGUUACCUCUACGGUGUCUUCAUUUUCAGGCACACCGGAUGGUUCAUUUGAAGCUUCUUCCAAUCUACUGAGCGUUGCUCAAAGCAAUACACAGAUAAUACCCUCCACAAAUCUGCAUAAAACUGGGAGCUCCACGCAUGCGGACGCACUGCGAUCUACCACGGCCACGGCCACGGAGGCCGAUAUCCGCUCUACGACGUCACUUGAUUCUGUUUAUAUGAAUGGAGACUCUACAGAAACAGGGAGCACUGGGAGGAAUUCUGCGUUCCAACCCGCGAAUAUAGCUUCCUUAUCUCACAAAACGGGUCCAGAACAGCAAGAUACUGCUGGAAGUGCUGCUGCAUCAGGGUUCACCACUAGCAUUAGUCACGAGCAGUUCGGGACAGCAUUAAGCUCUGAUAAAACUGGACUGUCGGGGUCAGUUUCAUUAUCCACCAGUGAGAAGUUCACACUGACGGCUAAAACUUUUACAGACAAAUCGACAUCAUCUGUUUACAGUAGCUGGCAGCCUAGCAUAACUUCGGAACUUUCGCUGGAAUCCUUUCAUGCAUCCACUACAACGGAAGUCACUUCUGUUAGUACAUCCACCGAGGCGUUGACAAAAAAAUCUUCCAGCUUUGAAGGUAGAAGAAGUACAUCGACGCCAAUCUCGAUAUCGUCUCCGGUUAGCACACGUACUUCCUCAGGAUCAUCCGUCGACCAGAAAUCCCAUGACAGUAGCGAUUCACAACAACCAACCACUUCUACAAUAGAGGCGACGGCUACCGGCAAUAGUAGGUCAACCCUCUCGGGAAGUACUGUCGAGUCCUUUAAGUCUAAGACGAGCGAACCAUCGUCGGUGACCGAGAACACAAGUACAUUUCGUACUGGUAGUAGUUCGAAUAGAUCCGAGCUUCCUAGCACUAUCGAUGCAUCGACUAUAACGAGUAGUACUUCUGAACAACAUACGUCCUCUGCGAGAACAUCUACAACUGAGACCUCGGCGGAAAGUUCCAAGACAAGCGAAAUGAGCACGAAGCCUAGUGAAACUACUGAGGCGACGACGACCACUAGUAAAGCUAGCGAGGCGACGACGGCCACUAGUAAAGCUAGCGAGGCGACGACGACCACUAGUAAAGCUAGCGAGGCGACGACGACCACUAGUAAAGCUAGCGAGGCGACGACGACCACUAGUAAAGCUAGCGAGGCGACGACGACCACUAGUAAAGCUAGCGAGGCGACGACGACCACUAGUAAAGCUAGCGAGGCGACGACGACCACUAGUAAAGCUAGCGAGGCGACGACGACCACUAGUAAAGCUAGUGAGGCGACGACGACCACUAGUUCAGACAUAUUGAAGACAACAUCGAACUCAGAGAGUAUUACAAAGACCUCUACUUCCAGGGCUGAGCAACCCACGACAACAACUACAGAAGGGAACAAGUCUACUACUACAGAUGGCAGAUCCACAACCACUACCUCAGAAACCACUUCAGAAGCCACAACGGCGGUAGAGAAACCUACUAGUACCACUACGGACGGCACGACGACCAUCAAAUCCGAGGAUAAAACUAGUACUACCAACACAGAGACUAGAGCUAUGACCACGACUACCGCGGAGGAUAAGUCUAAAACUACCACUACGGAGGCCAAGCCCACAACGACUUCUGCUGCGGAGCAUACAUCUGACACUACGACUAGGAUGGACACUCAACGAACGUCCACCACUGGAGAUACAUCCGUUACGACCACUUCAGAAGUCAAGCCUACGACAACCAUUAGUGCAGAAAACAUAUCUACCAUUAACACCGUGGAUAACAAGUCGACGACAACCGCUGCUGAGAACAAAUCUACUGCAACCACGAUGGACAACAACUCGUCCAGCAGCGGUGUGGAGAGUAUAUCUACAAAGAAGACAUCGGAGAAUGUACCUGCGACUAGUACCGCAGCUGAAACUACAUCUCAAGUUACGCCCACUCAAGCCGACAGUAGUACAAUUAGCAAUACACAUACAGGCCCGACGAAUUCGGGACAAGAAGCCACCAUAACUACAAGGACCGAGACUGGUAGUACUACAAUGUCGGCUAGCACAAGCGCGAGUGGCUCCAUAACCUCCACAGGGUCGCAAGAUCCUAAAGAUAUCUUACUUGGUGUCAGUUCUAUUUUUGGUAGUGGCAAAAGUACCACCACCAAAGGCGGUAGUAUGGACUCCCUUGUGUCUUCAACGGUCACAUCAUCUUCAAAAACUGCGCCGAACACUAUAAAAACUGCAACUCAGGCACCGAGUUCAUUUACUUCCAACUCGGCAGCAAACCCGUCUACAGGUGUUAGUAAUACCCCCAGCACAGACGAGCGUACUGGCUCCACUGCCGCUUCAAUAUCUUCCGCGUUGACGCAUGAUCCAUCGGGGACUCCAUCGGGGACUUCAUCCGGGACUUCAUCCGGGACUUCAUCCAGGACUCCAUCCGGAACUUCAUCGCGGACUCCAUCCGGGACUCCAUCUGUGAUUCCAUCCGGGACUCCAUCCGGGACUCCAUCCGGGACUCCAUCCGGGACUCCAUCCGGGACUCCAUCCGGGACUCCAUCCGGGACUCCAUCCGGGACUCCAUCCGGGACUCCAUCCGGGACUCCAUCCGGGACUCCAUCCGGGACUCCAUCCGGGACUCCAUCCGGGACUCCAUCCGGGACUCCAUCCGGAACUUCAUCCGGGACUCCAUCCGGGACUCCAUCCGGGACUUCAUCCGGAACUUCAUCGGGGACUCCAUCGGGGACUCCAUCUGGCUCUACAACUGGGUUUACACCAUUUACAACACCUCGCCUAGAAACCACGUCUAUCGGAGGCGUUAUAUCAAGUACUCUGACUGCAAGCCCAACAGACGAGCUCAGUAAGUCCGGUUCAACCUCUCGAUUGAACUCCAUCACAUCUCCAGCAAGCGAAGUCGUUUCAACACAGUCUUCAAAGGACAUCAGUUAUAAAUUGGGGUACCCUCUUUCAGUUGGCACUCACACCAUAUCGAAUCCUCAUUCCUCAGAAAGUUCUAGUACAUUCAGCACCACUACCACAGAGACGGGCACUACACCAGUUAAAUCGUAUACUACAUCAGAGAUUGAUACUACAAGCGGCCAUCACACAUCCACUGAUUCACAGACCACAGGUACUUCUCAUGGUAUAUCCGUGACGACUAGCCCUUCUGAAAGUUCUUCCAGAUCAUCUCUUUCAUCAGUAUUUGUACCAGGAGAGUCAACUUCCAGUGGUUCUACAAUAUCGUUUUCUCUCCCAAGCACAACAGAGCAGGCCACCACUGCUACAGAAACAACUUCCCAUCAUACAUCAUCCGAAUAUAUUUCUAGCAGCCAAAACAUUGGCUUCCCGACAAUUGGGGGAAGUACAAUUUCAACUACUUCUAAAUCCUUCACUUUUUCUGCACCUUCAUCUUCUGAUAUUUUUUGGUCGAAUACUAUUUCUACGCCCACCACCACUCCAUUUCUAGUUAUACCGUCAUUUUCCUCGGUAUCUACAACAAACACAGUAGACUCAGGAUUGAGGCAGACUAAUACCGUUUCAUCACAGCCAUUUGUGUCUUCUACUUUAUCGUUGGCUACUACAUCUAAUACGUUGGUGUUACCUUCUUCGCCUCUGUCACAACAGGAACCCUCAUAUAUACCAUCAUCUGCUGAAACUGCUAGUGCUUCUAUUGCCCGUACCUCAACUUUCCAAAUUUCAACAUUCAGCCAUCCCCCUUCGACUACAAAGCCUGCUAGCACGGCGACAAAUGCGGCAACCAUUACAGUUGGUGUUUUGAGCUAUAGCUCCGUUCCUAACACGGAGAACUUUUCCACUGAUUCUGAUUUCCGAUCCACAGCUCCUCCAUCCAUUUCUCCCGGCUCAGGUACUCCGACUAAUACGGUUACAGCUUUUAAUACUGAAAUUCCCACUACAAGGAAUAGUAUCGCUAGUGCGCCUACCCCAGCUGCUGGUUCAUCGAAUGCGGUAGCAGCUUCUUCAAAGGUAUUUGAGAAAACAGAUUGGUUACCUGCAACAAUUAUUACAGAAUCAGUUCAACAACACUUACCGAAUGCAGCUUCUACGACAGGAGGUGUAUCAACGACUCUACUACCGGCAGCUAUUCAUCCUCAAAGUCUCGUAGAAGGCAGCGAUGGGUAUGAUCUGAUAUCGAUAGGGUUUUUAAAGGGCUUGAAUUAUGUGUUUGUUACCUCUUUUGCUUUAUCAUCUGCCCAGAUAUUCACCUUUCUACCACCAGUAUUAACAUAUCCAUUUGAAAGCCAUACAGAAGAGACCGUGAAGAUACAUGAUCCAACUGAGAAACGUCAGUUGGAAAGGCCACCUCCCGUCUCGUUUUAUUCUCGUGCAUCACGCGAUACAACCACACUGUCCUCUUUCACGCAUUCCCAAGUGAUAGCGGUGCAGAAAGAAACUUCAGAUGUGCCGGAUUUGUCUUUUGUGAAAGUUAAACAACUGGCACCAGAUGUCUCAGAAGAACGGGGUUACAUUGCUACAUUGGCUCAUGUCUAUUUUCCUAGCAAGCUUGUACCAAAGCUACAGGAAUUAAUCCUUGAUUCCGAAUCCCCUUUAUACAAUAACCCAGAUGUGAAUUUAAAGAUCUUUGCGAGUUUAAUUGAUCCCACUAUUAAAGUAAGGAUUAUACAACAUGAUAGGAGUAACCCUCGGCCUGCGCAAGGUGGUGGUACCUCUGGAUCUGAUGGUUAUAGUCCUAGCGGGUAUGCAAACCACGGCGACGGCAGUCUAGAUAACUCCAAAUCCCCGAAAAUUACGUUCAAGAUUACCAAAAGACUUUUGAUAUUUUUAACAGUGCUUACUUUCGGUGUUUUUCUAUGGAUUCUACUAUUUUUGUACCUGUUUCGCAGGCUUUACAGGAUCAACAAAGUCAAAUCCAAAAUUGUGCUGGGAGAGAAAAAGAUUCCGCCAUCAUUGGGCCUUUUCUAUAGCCAUCAAUUCAACAAUCGGUUAAGCGAUUUGAAGCCUUCAGCCCUUUAUGAGGGUGAUCCUGAGAAACAAGAUGGGACUGCUACCGAUGGAAGCAGCGGUAGUGUCCAUGGGUAUGCCACUGAUGAUGAUAUCAUUGUCACAGGCGAGAACACCGUUUACAGCCUAAGCCAAGGGAUUGCAUAUCAUAUAGAUGAGGAAGGAAACUAUUAUUAUGCUGGUAUCGAUCCGUUUACUGAUGCAUUCGAACAAGAGGCAGAUUGCUUAUAUCAUGAAAGUGAGGUAGAAAGCGUAAAUGUCAACAACUUGGACCAUCUUUCUUCCGAUAUCAAGGAAGAAAACAUAGACCUCGAUGGUAACAUAGAAUUGUACGAUUCUGACUUUGACCACACUUCCCUCGACCAGGUCCCGAAGGCUACAGAAACAAUCGAAAAAUACAAUAAUAACCAAUACUACAAGAUGAACACGCUAAUCACUGACUCAUCAAAUUGCCAGGGCAACACUGUAGCGCUCUCAUCUGAUUAUGGAACAACUUCCGUGCAUGUUGAAAAUGUCUCUAAUGAGAAUUCCUUGGGGUUCAUCAGGCUACAAGGAGAUAUUCCUGAAAACUAUGAUGACUACCUUUACGAAGGGGACGAAGAUGAUUUCGAUAACGACAGCUCGGCAGCUGCACAACUGACGCAGGUCAGUAAUCUGGCAUCGCAAGGUAUCCACCUCGCGGCUAGCGUACAAGAACCUGAAUAUGAGGAUUUCGAUUUCGCUCGAAGCGAAGAUGACGAUGAUGUGAGUGACGUUAUGCUCGGAGACUUCGACGAGUUGGACGAGGAGAUGUACCGCCACCUGUCUAUGAUAAAUGCGUUUGAUAGCAGGUUUGGUGGGUUCAAUAACAUGGCUGCGCAAGAUAGUUCCGUUUACCAGAGAACAUUCCAACCGGGCAAUACGACCUUAUCGAAAGGCUCUUCAAGUAACUACAACGGAACAUAUCCGCACGUAAUGAUGCAGUACAACACAAUGAACACAUCCACCACCGACAGUGGAUGUACCUUCCCAUCAGGAGCUUUGCCCGGUACCACCACCUACUUCACCAACACAUUCAACACAGUAGGGAGUUCAAGCCACGCUUCGGGACGGACUCCCGCCCCUCCAAUGCGCCCUCAGCGCCCUCCAUCACUAUUCAAUUUCGAUGAGUACUCAGUGACUGUUCAGGAAACCGCCACUGCCGUCGCGGAGCGGAACACAAUGUUGCGCUCGAACUCUAAAACGGACCUAUCUGCGGUCGCAUCCGCAUCAAACAGACUGAGCUCCACACUCUGGGAUCUGGAAAAAGCAGCCCCCGAAUACCUUGCGCCUUCUACUGGUGGCUCGGCAAGCAAGGGAAGCUCCGAUAGAAGGCUUUCCUCCCGCUCGCCCUCCUCGCACAAACACCACAGGCACAGCUGGAAACACAUCGUCACGGGCGUGCGCAGCUCCAAGUCCUUAUCCAAAAUGCAUCAAAAGCAAAGCAGCCGGAAAGAUAAAAUUUCGAAACUGCGCAUUUCUGGACCUAUUCACACAGAACAUUCGCUUGGCUGGAGCCCAUCGCAAUGA